CUACACACUCCCGAACCAACCAAGCGAUAGUAGAACAAUGCGUCCCCUAACAGACAUCGAAACCGAACGUCUCUUCGAAAAGCUCGCAAACUACAUCGGCCGAAACAUAACUCACCUGAUCGACCGUCCCACCGACCCUCACUGUUUCCGAGUCCAGAAGGAUCGAGUCUACUACGUCCGCGAAUCAAUUGCCCGCCUCGCCACUUCCGUCGCUAAGGCGAACCUACUCUCGUUGGGCACUUGCCUAGGCAAGUUUACAAAGACGGGCAAGUUUAAGCUGCAUGUCACAGCGCUGGAUCAUAUCGCCUCGCACGCAAAGUAUAAGGUGUGGGUGAAGCCGAAUGGGGAGAUGCCGCUUUUGUACGGGAAUAAUGUACUCAAGGCGCAUGUCGGGAGGAUCAGUGAGGAUACACCUGAGCAUCAGGGGGUUGUCUUCUAUUCUAUGAAUGAUACGCCUUUAGGAUUUGGAGUUACAGCGAGGUCAACGCAUGAGGUGCGUAGGCUAGAUCCCACCAGUAUCACAGCGUUUAGGCAGAGUGAUGUUGGGGAGUAUCUUAGAGAUGAAGAUACGUUGUUUUAGAAAAAAGAAUCGCGGGAUGCAGGUGGGAUUCGUAGUUUGUAUGAUAGAUGGUGUAUCGUAUAAUGCGAUUAUACUAAUGAGCUGUAUGAUGAUGUUGUUGUAUUAAGCUCUCUUGCGCAAA